UUGUUCGAUAACAUAUCUUUUCAUUCACCAAAGAUAUCUAGGCUCUAAACUAUUUAGGUUUUAGACGGCCUUACAGCAUACUCAAUGGAGUUUAAUCUCUUCCGUUUCUAUGCACUUCUUUCAGUAGCAUUUGUGGCAAGUCAUGCAGCUCGAACUUUUGAAGAUUACUGGAGAUCAGUUUUGCCAGACACUCCCCUGCCUAAAUCCAUUAGUGGACUUCUUCAGUCUCCUGAAUGGAUGAAUGAUGAAAGCAAGGUUUCUAAUGUGGAAAAACAAACCGGAGACAGACCCAUUCAACUAAUUAUAUGCUGCCUCUGUAAUCAGCUUCAUAAUUAUCCCAAUGUAGCCCUCUUUUUCUUAGAAAAAGAUAUGCACCAAGGAGCAAGAAUGAAUCUCCAUUUCACCAAGUCAACCAUUCCAAUACCUUUCUUGCCUCAAAACAUUGCUAACUCCAUCCCAUUCUCGUCCAUUAAACUACCAGAAAGACUAAGUAAAUUUUCCGUAAAACAGAACACAUUAGAAUCAGAAACAAUAAAGGACACAAUCAGUGAAUGUGAAGCGCCAGGAAUCAAAGGCCAAGAGAAGUACUGUGAAAUCAAAUGAUCGAUUUCACCACUAUUGGGAAAAAAAUUGAAGGCACUGUCUACAAGCAAAACUAUGCAUAUGUUGUGUUUUAUUGCCACAAAACAAACAACGUUAAGGCAUAUACAGUUUUCUUAGUUGGAAAUGAUGGAACAAAAGCGAAAGCAGCAGCUAUUUGCCACACAGACACUUCCUCUUGGAACCCUAAGCAUAGAGAUCAACAUGACAAAUUCUACACGUCGUUCUGGUUUGUUUUUU